ACCACAUGCAUCAGUACAGGUUGGGGGCUGACCUGCUGGAGAUACUUACUAUACUAUACUUAUACUAUACUUAUACUAUACUUACUAUAUCACCUCUGUGAUAAAGGACCUGGGUGUUGUGGUUGGCCGUGAGCCAGCAGUGUGCAACUGUGGUCAAGAAGGAAAAAUGCUAUCCUGGGGUGCAUUAAGGGGAGCGUGGCCAGCAGGUGGAAGGAGGGGAUCUGCCCCCUCAUCUGCCCUGCUGAGGUCACAUCUGGAGUGCUGCGUCCAGUUCUGGGCUCCUCAGUUCAGGGAGAAUACUUCAGAUGGCCGCAAAGAUGAUUUAGGGCCUGGAGCAUCUCCUGGAUGAAGAAAAGCUGGAACCCCGCAGUGGCACAGCGCUGCAAAGCAGGGAUAAAUUACUGCAGUUUCACUGCCAGCAGCUUCGCAUGCCGGUGUAGUCGUGGCCGAGUGGUUAAGGCGAUGGACUAGAAAUCCAUUGGGGUCUCCCCGCGCAGGUUCGAAUCCUGCCGACUACGUGGCACAGCGCUCUUUUCUCCCCACGCUUCCCAACGUUCCUUUUGCACCGCAGCCGGCACACAUCCGGCCGGACCGCAGCCAGAGGAAGGCGGGACCCCGUGACGGCCGCUCAGCCGCCUGCAGCGAGCGGCCUCUGCUCCCAGGGCGGGCCGGAAGGAGCGCGAUCCCUCGCCAUGCAGCACAGCGCGGCGCCCGCCGUGCUGGUCACCACCAGGCAAAUUCAGAAUACACACACUGGGCUGGAUUUAUCAGUGCCAGAAUACCAGGAGGUCCGUGGGAAGAUGAUGUCUGGCCACGUGGAGUACCACAUCGUCGUCGUUACCCGACUGGCUGCCUUCAAGUCAGCAAAGCACAAACCUGAGGAUGUUGUUCAGUUUAUGGUGUCCAAGAAGUACAGCGAGAUAGAGGAGUUCUACCACAGACUGUCAGCACGGUAUCCACAUGCUUCUCUUCCACUCUUGCCUAGGAAAGUUCUCUUUGUGGGAGAAUCUGACAUCUAUGAACGAAGAGCAAUGUUCAAUGAUAUCAUGAAAUUCAUCUCAAAAGAUGAGGAUCUAGCAACGAGUCCUGAGUUACUGGAGUUUUUAGGAACAAAAUCUACUGGUGUCAUUGACUUCAAGGGUAAAAAUAUUCCUGACGACAAAGAGAAAGAAGAUGAAGAAAAUGAUGCAUUGGAUUUUUUCAAAGAGGAGAAGACACCUGACUUGAUUUCAAAGCUUGAAACACUGGAGACUGCCAAAAAAGAUGAGAAAAAAGAAGAGGAAGAGGAGGAAGAAAAUUUAGACCCUCUUGGUAUAAUCAGAACUAAAAAAGCAAAGAAGGCAUCUGCUCCUCCAGCCAAGGAAGAGAAGCACAAAUUAAUCAUUUUUGAAGAGGAAGUAGACCCAAAUGAGGGAUUGUUUGGCCCAGAGAAAGAUUUCUCAUCACUUGGUCACAGGAAGAAGAUGAAAGAAAAUGUGAAAUUAUUUGAAGAUCCAGACCUUGGUGGAGUGGUGAGAUUGGGCGACUCACUGCUGUUGCCAGCUGCCUGUGAGAAAAGGGAGCACAUUCCAAACACAGGUCCUGAGGAGGACACUGAGGAACUGCUAAGAGUUGAAGAUGAUUUAGAAAAACUCUUGAAAUUAACCUCCAAACCAAAACCUAAGGUACCACCGAAACCACCGUUGCCUCAGAAGACAGCAGUUUUCUGCAGAAACACAAAUUCAUCUCCACUGGCAAAGUCAAAGGAAGACAAAAUUCAGACAAUGAAUGAAGUGGACAUUCUGCAGUAUAUCCAGGAAAACGAAUCCAUCAAUGACCAAGAUACAAGUCUUUUCUAAAUAGAUCUAUUUUUAAUAUGUAAUCAAUACCUUCUUGGCCCAAAUUCCUUGUGAGCUCAAAUUACUGUAUCUGGAAUCGGCCAGAUUUCCUUAUUGCCAUUGUGCUCUUUUGUGUACCACAAUUCAGAGAGCACCAAAUUUGGCUAUCAAAGGCUCGACGUGAUGUUUUCAAAACAGUGCAGUUGUAGUCCAAUGUUGCCUUAGACUUUCAGGGCUUUAGAGAGCAUGGACAAGGGCACAGCACUACAGAUUGUACCACUGCUAUUUUAGUAUCAGCAUAAUAAAAUUUUGUCCAGUUUAGUCCAGACUAUGCAAUUGUAUUGCACAAAUGGCGAGUACGAACAAUAUCCAACAAAUGGUAAGGGAGGACAGGAUGCUUUUCUCAUCAUUAUAGGCAUUUCAGCUCACUGGAAGGGUAAUGUUGAUUUUUUCCUGUGCAUUUUUAUAGCAGCCUUUUCCUCCUCGUCUGGCAUUUCAGUAAUUUAUAGCCAGUAACUGUUAAGUAUGGUUAGCAGUUCCUCUCUAGUUCAGAGAAAUACUGAAAUCCCAGCUAAACCUCAUUGUUCUGCUGCCUUUGUUGCAUAAAUGCCAGCUUACAGAACUUGUAGGAUGGCAGACAGUAGACACUAUGCAUCUCUGUCCCCUGGGAGAGAUAGCAAAUGGCUGAAGAUGGCUAAGGGUGCAGCUCCAAACGUACACAUAAGUUGCAGCAUGUGGGAGAUUUGGAUGCUGUGGGACUCUUCCAAACCUACACAAGAUACAGAAGGGCUAUUUUUUUGUUUCCAGACAUGUCUUCCUGGAUUUUUGCUGUACUUAGCAAAAGAAGGAGAUUUCUGCAGGAGUUGAUUCAAUGCAGGUGUCCUAAUAGAUGAACUCUGACUUAGUGUCUGGAGUCACUCCCUCUCUUUUCCUUCCCUUCUCCCAUGAGUUCAAGCAGGAUCCAUAGUGAUUAAUUCCCCUACAUUAGAAUUAUUAAAUAUUUCAUACAUCAUUAAAUAUUUCAUCAACAGCGAUAUGUUCCUUACUGUGGUAGUCUUUGUAAAGAGAGUUGGGAUUAUCCAUAAUAAAAGCAUAGGAAGAAAAUGUACUGGAGAAAGUUUAAUGUGCAGGAAAAGUAAGAAUAGUGUGUUAGGAGUUCCAUACUACUCUUUCCCAGCUCAAGCACUCUGGUUGAAUGGCUGAAUUUACACCCAUUGUGGGUUAAUAUGUUGUCAGGUGGAGAUUCCUGAACUCAUUCCACAUGUGUCAUAUCCAAAUAUGAAGGCAAACUGCCCAGAGGGAAAAUGUUAAUAUAUUUAAGCCAUGUCACUAUCCCCAAAUUUGCCUUUCUAAUAUAGAACAAAAUGAAUAGAGAGCAUUAUAUAUAUAACAUAAAUGAAAUUAUCUCUUUUAUUAUUUCUUUUUUUAAGCCAAUGAAAAAUAUUAUAAUAGUAUUUUAGUUUAAUGGAACCAGUACAGUGUAACCAUUCUACCUAUGUAGAAUAUGUUUCAGUAAAAUAAAAAAUAAUCUGCUAAUCUGCAGAAGUUACUGUUAUUGUUGUUCUCUAGGUUGUACAAAAGCAGCAGAUUGGAGUUAAAGGAUGGAAUUAAAGUGCAGGCUGAGCUAAAAACCUGUGCAAAUAAGUAUGAAACCAGGAAUGUAACUAUGCUCCUAUUUCCUUUCAGAGCAGCUAAUGGUAAGACUAUAUAUGGGCAAAGAAAGUACCUGAUCCUGUCUGUUCUCACAGUGUCCUGAUGAAAUUAGGAAGAUAGUUUAUCCCAUUCUGCAGAUGGAGAACGAAGGCACAAAGGAAAGAACAAAUGACUUGCCAGAGACAUUGGAGAGAGUAGCAGAGGACUGAAGUCAGGACAGCCUUCCUGUUGCACAGCCUGGUGUCAUGAGCCAACCACUGCAUAUUUAACUGAGUGUUGAGGAAUCUUCAUCUCCACUUGAUGGAGUACUAUGCAGGAAACUGAUUGUAUUUCUGUAUUUUUGGCCUACAGCCUGGCACUUGACCUGAACACUGCUAAAGCUACCAUAUGGAGGGUCGUGAAUUUAACAAUCAGCAGACUGAGUGCAGAUCUUCACCCCUAGUGAAGGUUCAACAUAGUAAAAUUAUUAAGAUUUCUUCUAAUAAGUUAGCAAAAUAAUAGAAUAGAAACCUGGCAGGGGUCUGUGAAGACCAGUUUGUCCUGCCUAAAGCCAGAACGUCUGGCCUGUGUCCCACGCAACUCUUAUUGUUGUGGACAGGGUGUUAUGGUGGUGUGAGGUUGCUGCUGCAAAGUUUGGCAAGUGCCAGAGCUGAAAAAGGUGACUGAACAAUAGACAGACUGAAGAGAUCUUUGAGCAUGGCCAGUGAACUUUUCUUGCAGUGGCUGUAAUUAUGCCUAUGUGUUCUCUCUCAUAGGCAUUUUUCUAACCUGCCUGUAAAAGUGUGGCUGGGCAGAGUGCUGGAGAUGUCAUAGCCUCCAUGGGGUUUCUAUUAUAGUUCUUGGCCAUCCUAUUAGAAAUCUUUUCCUGCUGUCUGAUAUAACUGUUCCUUACUGCAGCUUGAAUUUGUAAUUUCUAAUUCUCAUCAGCAUAGAAGAGAACAAAGUAUGCCUCUCGGUCUGUUUUCUAGACUGAGCACCCACCCAGUGAGGGAGGCAGCAAGCCAAGUCAGGACAUCACUACAAUACCAACAUGUCAUGUCUCAGUGUGUCCUGGCUGAGUAUUGUCAUCUUGCAUUGGAGUUAGAAUUGCUACAUACUUACAUACCAGUUUGCCAGCAUCCCACACCCUUUCCUUAACACCCUUUCCUUGUGUGGUGCCACAGUCUGCAGCCUUUGUUCCAGACGGGAUUAUAUUUUGCUUUCACCUUUCCUUAUGGCAGUGACAUCUGUCAGCAUGCCACCACCACUAAGAAAUGGCUCACGCUUUUGCAAAGCAGUGGGAGGUCAGAUAUUAUGCAUGACUAUUAUAACCAUGGGAACAUUCCCAGUAAUACUGAUGAAACAGCAGUAUAGCAAUAUCCAUUUACCCUGAGCAAGGAAUAUCUGGUCCUCAACCCUUCCCUAAAUUGUUAAAUUACCCAACCAACACAGGGAAGAAAGAGCUGUUAAUUGUUUCCUGUGGUAGAUUUUAAAGAUGAUUUCAAGGUCUGUUUUACUUCAGAAGAAUCCCUCUUUUCUAUCAAGGAACUGAUGUGAAAGGAUCCUUCAUAAAUCCCAGUGUUACGCAUUUGUUUUACAAUGCAAAUGUCUAGCUCCAGUAAUAUUUAUAGGCACUUAGGGGUGAGUUAUAGUCUUUGAAUAAAUUAUAUAUAAUGAAUCAUUAUUAUACAGGAGAAGAAUGCCAGGCAAAUGCAGCUCAGAAAAAUUGAACAUAUUAUUUGAAAUGACAUUGGAAAACCACACAACAUACUUUGCAUCCUGCCAGACCAGAGCUUUUCUUUCACAUGCAUCACUCCCAGUAGCAGCUAUUUUAUUAGACUCUUCUUGACAACUCUAGAAAUUCAAUUACGGACUCUGGUGUAGUUCUUGGCUGACAGGCAUCACCUUUUGACAUUAAUAACAGCUAGCUCAUCAGAAGACCUGGAAAGCAGUAGAGUUAAAUUUAAACCCUUACAAAAGAUAUUUUCUUUGGUAAUUAGAACUUAUAAUGGAUAUCUCUGUUGCUCUACAAGAUUCUGCUUGUUUUGCAUAACCUGCUUGUUGUAUGGUACAGCACUAAUAACAUGGAACUCUAUAUACAUCACUAUUUGGGUCACAGUUAAAAUGCUGAUUUCACUAAUUUGGGUGUUUCACAGAUGAAUGGUGGAUCAUCUGUUCAUAUUAGUUCUGUGCUACAUUUUUAGUAAAGCUAAUUCACACAUGGUAUUUAAGAUCUAGCCCAGGCACUGGUGAUUUUGGCUGGAUCUGAAGAAAUAUAUUAAUUGAAACUGAUACUUCUGCAUUCUAGCUGAGCUUGCUACACUGGAGUACACAAGGCAGCCUGUAAUUUAAGGUCAGGAAAACACAGCACACUCAUGGGGCACUUAGGCAUUAGCUAAUGAAAAGAGACUGUAAAUGACCAAUCCCUGUGGUUGUUAGAUUUAAUACAGAGUACAGAAAAAGCAUUUUUCUCUGAGAUAUGUGAGUGUCAGUAAUCUCAUCAGGGAUUCCUGACUAUUUGGGCGUGUGCAUGUGUGUACACAUGCGUGUGUCAACCACAUUUCCCAUCAAUCACUCUGCUCUUAACUGUGACAGUUUAAACCCCUAAGACAUGAAGAGGGAGGGAUUUUACUGUGACUUGUUAUCUAUAUUCUUAUAUCUCAACAGCAACAUCUGGAGUGAGUGUAGUCAGUAUUGCACCAGUUCUUUGGUUCAUUCUUAAACCCCCAAUCCAAUUUUUCAGCCCUUACUAUAUUUCUGAUCUUCCUUGUGACCCUUUUACAUUCUAUUGUUAUGAAACUUUGAACCCAAUGAGAAAUAAAAGUGAAGGAAAAUCACAUACCCAUGUUUCUAGACAGCCAUCUGUAAAAUACACUUCUGAGAGCAAAAAUAAUAGCAAUGCAAGUUAAUGAUUACAAAUUAAUAGUAAGUAUUGCAGUGGGAGUUCAGAUAUACA